AUGGUGUCGACGGGCGGAGGCAUCGCCAUCGCCGUCGUCGUGCUGCUCCUCGCCGCAGCCGUCGGAUGGAUUGUCUUUACGCAGCUGCGCGCCCGCAGGCUCGGCCUUCCGCCGCCGAGCCUGUCGUCCUACCUGCCCUGGAAAAAGCAGGACAACGCGUACGGCCCGCCGCGGCCAGCGCCUGGCGGCGUCGUCGGCUGGUUCAACGACCAGGUGCGCAAGUUUAAGAACCGCAACAACCGCUCCGCCGCGGGCGCCUACGAGCAGCCAUCGCACGGCGGCGGGGGCACGACGCGAGGGCGCCGCGGCUUCGGCCCGCUGGAUCCGGACGAGGCGUGGGACGCGCGCGUCGGCCACGAGGCGGACGGAUACGGCUACUACGAGGAGCAAGAGCUCAGCGGUGGUCCGGCGGCUGCGGGCCGGCGUGGCUCGACCGAGUACCGCGGCGGCAGCUACAGCAUGAACCUGGCCGCGACGCCAGGCGCCGAGUACGAUGAGGAGGCGGCGCGGGGCCGCGCACCGACGAGGAGCCCCGGGGCUUCGCCGGCGGGCCAGCGCAACCCGUUCGAUGACGACGCCGCCGCCGCCGACAGUCUGCGCGGGGUGAGCCCCCGGCCAAUCGUCGAGACGGCCGACGCGCAGGCGCAGGGCAAGGCGCACAAGACCAAGGACGACCCGGACAGCGCCAACAGCCCUACCGAGCGGCGGUCCAUGUUCCGUGAGAACGUAUGA